AUCCAGUUUGAGCCUAAACAGUCACAGCAUCAUUUCACAUAAUAUUCGACCAAAUCGAAAGUCAAAACUAAAUUUACUUCUGCUCAAAAUAUAUUUUGAAGACGAAAAUGUGUAACUGGCGCUUCUGUCUGCAGAUCUUUCUAUUUCUAUUGAUUUUGGCAUGGGCGGGCGUUUGCAUUAAGAUGUCGUACGAUCAGCUGACAAAGCAGCCAGAAAAACGCCAUGCAGCAGAGGGCGCUAUACAGAGCAACAUGGGUAAGCUUUGGCCCAUACGGCUACACUCUGCUACAUUGCUCCGGGUGAACGAUGCAGGAGUACAGGACUUGUAUCCGUACGAUCUACUGGCCGGCAGUCAGGAGAACGAUCGCAUCUUCGACAAUGGCUACAGCAGUCGGCUGCUGCAUCUGAUCUACCGCACCGUCAUGCACAGCACCAACGACCACCGGCGCCAGGUGGAGUUCGAGUGGCAUGUGGCAGCCGCACACAGGUUUAUGAAACUGGCAGCGGCAGCUGCUGAUGAUCGACUAAAGGCGGGCCUACGUCGGGUCAGCGCCGGCGAUGACGCGUUGCCCAUCAAUAUGCGGCGCUCGAUAGAUGCCUCAGAGCUGGUAGCUGCCGACGAUUUCAACGUGUCGCAUUUUACAGAGAGCAGCUCCACAGUAUCCGAGUCCAAUGGAGACUCUUGACUUGCAUUUUUUCAUAUUUAUGUUUAUAUAUUUUCUUUACCUUCAAUAAAAGCAGCCAAGGCUGAGCGUUAAGUUUGUUAU